UGUUUUUUCAAUAAAACGCAAUUUCCCCACUCUCUCCAUCUCCCAUACCCACCAAAUAACCGAAUCCAUCAAAAUCACCCCUCUUCUCCCUUCCACCUGAUAUUCACUCUCACACCAAAAAUAUUCUGUUUUUUGUUUAGAUCGAUGGAUGGAAGAAGUACUGCAGGUAACAAAAGAAAAAACGAUCAAAGACAAUAUAAAGGAAUACGUAUGAGAAAGUGGGGAAAAUGGGUUGCCGAAAUUCGGGAACCAAAUAAACGGUCUAGAAUUUGGCUCGGCUCAUAUUGCACACCGGUUGCGGCUGCACGAGCUUAUGAUACAGCUGUUUACUAUCUUCGUGGCCCAACGGCUCGGCUUAAUUUUCCUGAAUUACUAGCGUCGGAUAGCGGACCGGAUGAUGAGAUGUCUGCGGCUUCUAUUAGGAAAAAAGCGACCGAAGUUGGGGCCAGAGUUGAUGCCGAGACAAAAGGUGUUGUCGUUGGUUCGGAUUCGAAAAAAGCUUGUUGGUUUGAAGAGAAACCUGAUUUGAAUACUAAACCUGAACCCGAAAAUGAGUCUGAAAAUUAAGAUGGUCAAGUUAAUUUAGAUGAUGGAAUGGAAUUUUCUAAGUAUUGUAAUGUGUAAUUGGCCUUUUUUUUAGUGAAUAAGAAGAAAUAGUUGAUCAAAUUGGUGUUUGGAAUUUUUGGUUUUUGUAAUUUAGAUUUGUUUGAUCGUGGUAACGCUAAUAAUGUAAUGAAAACGCUAAAUAGUUAGAGA